AUGCAUCGGAAGGAGGUUAACGGUGAAGAAUAUCCGUCAGAGGACUCUAGUCAGCAGUCGGUGAUGGACUUCUUCAAGGGAGCACUAUUUGCCGUUACUGGCAAUGGAGGGAAGACUACGCCACUCCAUCCAGUAGUGUCUGUGUUCUUCCUCAUCUCGGAUGGUCACAGUCGUACAGCUCUCGUGGAGUUCCGAACGCCUAUUGCAGCCACAGUCGCUAUGAGACUCAAUGGUAUCGACUUAGAUGGUCGUAAAUUAGCGAUAACGAGGCCCCACGGCUACAACAAGGAGGACCCAUCCAAGAGCAUCACCGCUGAGGACAUACAAAAGGUUACUAUCGAGGAACUGUGUGGAGGGUCCUCUACUAAGAAGACUGCUCCAGGGUCUAACCUACAAUUAGGGAUAUACCAUCUCCCACCGGUGAUGACGGAGACCUAUUUGAGGGACCUAUUGGAACAGUUUGGUGCUCUCACUAUGGUCAGCCUCAUCAGAGAUAAGACAACGGGCUUAAGCAAGGGCUAUGGUUUCUGUCAAUUCGAAGAUCCGAAUGAUGCGGAUAGAUGCCUAUAUGCCCUUGACCAGUUCGUUUUGGGUAACUAUAGCCUCAGUGUGACCAGACUCGUUCCAGAUGCACAGCAAGGAGGAGUAGGCCUGCGGGGUUGA